AUGUCUCCCGCCUACCCUCUCCGACCACGCUCUACUCCGUAUACCGGCCCAUCCACAAAUGACACCAUCUUGAACGAUCCCGUCGAGUUGGCCGGCAUGAUCGUCGCCAUUGUUAUCGCCGUCGGCGGAGGGCUCGGUCUUGGGAUCUACUUCCUCUGGAAGAGGCGGCAGACAAAAAAGAACACAGACCACCUUGGGUUCGCUGCGCUCUCCAAGGGCCACGAUCGAAAGCCAUCCGUCGAGACUCGCAUGCGCAGGGAAGACGACGACAUGUCCCGCGCGCAGCUGCUCCCCAGCAUCGUCCUGCCCGAGCGGUCCGCCCCCGGAAAGGACGAGGCCCCCGUCCAAAUCGUCGAGCACCUCGUCUCACCCGGCCCCUCCCCUCCGCGCUCACCUCCGCGCUCCCCGCCACCUCGCUCGCCCCCCCGCGACUCGCUGCAGCUGCCCCGCGACUCCCGCCGACCGCGGACCCGGCGGCACCGCUCCUCGGGCUCGGUCUUUGUCGCAACGUCCUCGUCGCUGCGGACAAGCACGUACAUUGCGUCACCCACAUUCGACGACACACACCGGCACAAGGUGCAGCAAGCGUUCACGCCCGCCCUGCCCGACGAGCUUGCGAUCUCCGUCGGGGAGCGCCUCGCGGUCGUCCGGGGCUUUGGAGACGGAUGGUGUAUCGUUGGCCGGGAGAAGCGUACGGCGGUGGGCGACAUCGAGCUCGGCGCGGUGCCGAUGUGGGUCUUUACGCCGCCCGAGACAGGGCGCGUGCCGCAGCGGCCGAUGCGCUCGUUGAGUGUGGGCGUGAGCGUGACGCUGGAUGCGCCGGGGGGCCCGUCAUUUUCGUGGACGAAUGUGCGGUAG